AAAAUUUCAGCAAAUUUCGGGGCAUUUCUAUAUGGAAUAGCACUAGGAUGGAGUAAUGGUGUAAAUGACGACAUAGUGGAUAGACAAGACUUCAAGUUUUACGUGUCAGCUUAUCACUUUGCAUGGAUUGUAGCAUUAAUGCCUUUGGGAGGGGCAUGUUCAAGUGCAUUUUGUGGUGUUAUGCGAAAACAUAUAGGAACGAAAAUUACAGUUUUUAUCUACGGAAUUCCGAUGGUUGUUGGUUAUGGACUCUUAUUAUUUGCAGUCAAUGUGGAAAUGCUGAUGAUCGGACGAUUUCUUAUCGGAACUUCAGCUGGAUGUUAUAUUUUUAUUCCCGUACUGUAUAUCGGUGAAAUUGCUUCAAAAGAGAUUCGUGGACUUCUUUUAAGCACCUUCUUCUUUAUGGUUUAUUGUGGAGUCACCUUUGUCUUUUCAAUGGGUCAUUAUGCAAGUUUAAUGUCACUACAUGUCAUAUCAGGAGCACUUCCAUUGCUAUAUUCAACUGUAUUCAUCUUCUUGCCAGAAUCACCACCAAUGCUUGUUAGCAAGAAUCGCAUUGAAGAAGCAAAGGAAACUUUAAUGUUUUUACGUGGAAGUACAUUUAAUGUUGAAGCUGAGAUUGAUGAUUUAAAGAUUCGACAUCAAGCAACAGCAGAAAGAAAAAGUUUCUUAAAAGUUUUCAGUGUUAAGUCAACGAGAAAAGCUUUGAUUUUAAUCGUGUGCAUGUUCUUCUUCCUUCAAAUGUCAGGAAUAACAUUGAUACCAUUUUAUUCCCUAAUGAUAUUUACUGAAGCUGGUUUUCAAAAUCACGCAGAAUUUCUUACGAUUCUAGUAGCAAGUAUGCAAGCACUAAGCAGUUUAUUUGCACUAGCAACUGUCGAUCGAUAUGGAAGAAGAAUACUUUUGAUUGGAUCAACAGCAGCAAUGUUUGUAAGCCUCACAGGGGUUGCAACAUACUUCUUAUUAAAGGAACUUAAAUUUGAUGUCACUAAGUUCAUGUUAGCACCAUUUAUCCUGUUCUGUCUCUAUGUUAUCUCAUUUUCAAUUGGAUUAGCACCUGUGACUUAUGUUUUAUUGGGAGAAAUAUUUUUGCAGGAAGCGAAAGUUUAUGUUGCGCCAAUAAGCAAAUUUCUAAACUUUAUGUUUGCCUUUACGGUAGCAAUAACAUUUCCGUUACUGACUGGAGUUCUUGGAUUUGGGACAACAUUUUACUUGUAUGCCUUUCUAAAUUUAUUGGGAACAUUUUUCGCAAUAUUUUUCGUACCUGAAACAAAAGGUGCAAGUCUAGCAGAGAUUCAAUCGAUUUUAGGAAUGGAUUGGAGAUUAUAA